AUGUUUAAAAUUUUAAUUAUUUUUAUAACUAUUAUACAAUUUACAUCACCAUGGUGGUUGUUGUCACAAGUUCCAAAUAAAGAUGAAGCAGUUACGAUAUCAGAUAUAAAUUGUGCAAGCCUACCAGGUUUAAAUAGAAGACAAAGAGAAUUAUGUCAAAAUUAUCCUACUGCAGUAUCUGUAGUUAUAUCAGGAUUAAAUAAGGCAGUCCAUGAAUGUAGAUAUCAAUUUAAAGAAGAACAAUGGAAUUGUACAGGAGAUAAUGGUUUUGGUGUUGCACCAUAUAAAGUUGCAUCAAGAGAAUCAGCUUUUGUUUAUGCUAUCAGUUCAGCUGCUAUAAGUCAUACAUUAGCAAGAGCAUGUUCACAAGGUAUAAUACCAAAUUGUGGUUGUGGUCAAUUACCAAUGAAUACCCGUCAAAAUACUGAUUUUAUGUGGUCAGGAUGUUCUGAUAACAUUAGAUUUGGUAAUUCAUUUGGACGUAAAUUUAUGGAUAAUGUAGAAAAACAACAUAUGGAUGCAAGAGCAAUGAUGAAUUUGCACAAUAAUAAAGCUGCUCGUAAAUUAUUAGCAAGUAAAAUGCAAAAAUCUUGUAAAUGUCAUGGUGUAUCUGGAUCAUGUGUUACAAAAACAUGUUGGAAAACAGUUCCAAAAUUUGAUGAAUUUGCAAGAUUCCUUAAAGAAAAAUAUGAACGUGCUCAACAAGUUACUGCAUCACCACAAAAUAAUGAAUUAAUUAUAAGAUCAACACAUUAUACAGUUGUUUCAUCAUCACAAAAUGAAAAAACACUAUCACCAAUUAAUUCAAUUGAACAUACUUUAGUAAGAUCGGGACGUUUUCUUAAAGAAGAAAAACACCAACAACCAAGAUUUGCUGGUAAUGGAGAACUAGUUUUCUUAGAUCAAUCUCCAGAUUAUUGUAUAUAUGAUCCUAAAAAUGAAAUAAAAGGAACAAGCGGAAGAGAAUGUACUUCAAAAACUUGCCCUAAACUAUGUUGUGGAAGAGGGUGGACAACAAUUCGUGAACUUAAACAAGAACCAUGUCAUUGUAAAUUUAUCUAUUGUUGUGAAGUUAAAUGUCAAACAUGUACAAGAAUUGUAGAAAAGCAUUAUUGUCGUUAA